ACACCCCCCUGUAAUAUGGAACACACUAAAUUUAUUCGCAGCAAACACUGACCCCAAUAAUAUCCGCAACGAAAUAAUUGUGUAACCUAUCAGAAUAGGUCCAUCACAUAAAAUUAUUUUCGUCAUUCAAUCUAAGACAAUGCGAAUUUUCUAACCAACAACCGCCUAUAAAUAGCCCACGAUGUACCACAAUUAACCCAUGACAUAAAUAAGCGGCUUCCUGUCACGUGUCAACUCAACAUCCCAUUCCCUGACGGAUUUUAAAUUGACAUGUCAGUCUCAUUACACUUCGAAAUUAACAAUUGAACGGAAUGGCAACCAAAACUUGUCGUUGUACGCAGGCCCCCACUCCCGAAAUCAAAGUACCCAUCAUAUGGAUUCUGGGCGGUCCAGGGUCCGGCAAGGGCACCCAGUGUGAGAAGAUCGUAGCCAAGUACGGAUUCACGCACUUGUCUUCAGGAGAUCUUCUGCGGAAUGAGGUAAGCAGCGGUUCGCCUCGCGGCAAAGAACUCUCCGCUAUCAUGGAACGCGGCGAACUGGUACCACUCGAAGUGGUCCUCGACCUCCUCAAAGAAGCCAUGCUGAAGAACCUCUCCACCUCCAAAGGUUUCCUCAUCGACGGGUACCCCCGCGAAAAAGAACAAGGAAUACUGUUCGAGCAAAAAAUCGCUCCCGUCAAGGUCGUCUUGUUCUUUGACGCCUCUGAGAAGACCCUCGUUGAACGACUGCUCGGCCGCGCAAAAACCUCCGGACGGGUGGACGACAACGAAGAAACCAUCAAGAAGAGGUUGCACACUUUCAACACCCACAACGACCAAGUGGUCCAACAGUACACGGAAAAACUCAAAAGGAUCAACGCUGAACGAACUACGGAUGAGAUCUUCGCCGAAGUCCAGACGUACCUGGACCCUUUGGUUAUUGUCGCUCAAUUAAUAGCAGCGCCCUCUAUACAAAGGAUACCCAACAUACAAUUUCGGGUAUUUUCGGAUGUGAUUGACCAUGAGAUCGUCUUUCUGUUGCAUCUGUCGCGUCACUUCGACACCAAUCUCUUCACUUUUUCAAACAAAUCUGUCCGAUUCACAAUGGUAGACCCCCACAAGCUAGAGAAACCCAACAUUGAUGUGCCCGUCAUUUGGGUGAUAGGAGGGCCAGGUUCUGGUAAAGGGACUCAGUGUGAGCAAAUUGCCAUUAAAUAUGGUCUCGAACACAUAUCCGUAGGGAAGCUACUACGAGACGAAGUGGAAAAUGGUUCUUGCAAAGGUGCAAAACUAAAGCACAUCAUGGACAGAGGCGAACUCGUCCCGAACGAAGUCGUCAUAGAUAUGCUGAAAACAGAAAUGUUGAACCGUCUCUGCAACGCUAAAGGCUUCCUAAUAGACGGAUAUCCUCGUCAAAAGGAACAAGGGAUUCUAUUCCAAGAGAAAAUCGCAGCACCUACUACAGUACUCUAUUUGGAGCUUUCAAACAACACCAUGUUGGAAAGGCUGCGAAAAAGAGCACUAUCUUCAACAAGAAGUGACGACAACGAAGAAACUAUGCAACGAAGAAUCACCACCUUCAACCAAGAAAACAACCAAAUCCUUGCGCAGUUUGCAUACAAAGUCAAGAAGAUCGACGCCGAAAGACACAUCGAAGCCAUCUUCAAAGAAAUUUCCGACUUCCUGGACACCGAACCUUGCUAAAACCAAAACCUGUCAAAAUCCCAACGUCAAAUAAACCAUCAAACUUGA